GUCGUCAGUGGUUGUUGUCUGUCCCACACCUAUAGGUCGCACCUCUGUUGGGUGCCGUGAUGGAGAUAAUCCUGAACUUUGAGCCAGAUUAUGGCUACGUGGUCAUCGUGGUCGCCUUGUCUUGGGUUUUCCUAAACUGGCUUGGUAUGAAUGUUGUAUGGGCGAGACAUAUUUUCAAUGUACCGUACCCAACCAUGUACAGCUCGCACUCGGACAUUUUCAACUGUUAUCAGAGAGCCCACCAGAACACUUUGGAGUAUUAUCCUCUGUUCAUUGUACUGCUGCUAUUAGGAGGAUUGCAGUUUCCUAAAGUCAGUGCUCUGUCAGGUUUGAUCUGGAUUGCAGGCAGAGUUGCUUAUGCCAAAGGAUAUUACACCGGAAAUCCAGACAAGAGGAUGCGUGGCGUUUUUGGCUAUGUCGGUCUCAUCGUUCUAUUCAUCAACACCAUCAUCUUCGCUCUGAAACUGCUACAGUGGAUUUAGCAUGCCAGAGCCUUAACUGCGUCACUGGGUUAUCUGCAUACUGAUAUACAUGUAUGCUACAUAUUGAAAUAAGGUGUUCACAUUAGCCUUAUUCCGAACAGUUUUAAGAAAAUGAGCUACAAUUUAAAGUGAAAGUGUAUAAUGCAGUCAUUUCAGGACCUGCAAUAAAGAUGUGUUCACAUUUGCAUCAUUCUCAAAAUCCCCAAUUCUAAAGAUUUACAGUUUCUUACAACAUGUUUGAAACAAGUUUCAUCAGAACAUUACAGAAAACAUCACUAAGAAUUAUUCAGCUAACAUCUGUGCCAUUUUCAACACGGGGUUAAAAUUCAUGAACAAAGACUUAGACAGGGACUAAAUCCUACUCUGCUUUGAUAUGAUAUCAGCGAUGGAUUUGAAUCCAUGAAGGAGAUUUGUUUGCUGUGUCAGAGUAUACCACAACACAUGUGAAAUGCACUUCGACAUUAUCAAGUUACUAAUAGCUGAGGGUGAUUUUUUUUCGUUGAUAUGUAUGUAGAGAAACUCUUGUAGAUGUAGAAGAAAGCUUUGUAGCUAUGCAAAUUGAUUUUAAUGUUAUAUUUGUAAUUCUCAUGAGUUUCUGUUGAUCACACAGGUAUCUACGUUGUCAGCUUUUAGAAUGGUUUUAACACAUUUUAAUAGCUGUUGAAAGUGAUUGAGGAAAGGCGUGGUGAAAUGUGAUUCACAUUAAUACCUUUUUAUGCAAUUUUUCAAAGAAUAUUCAAAAUAGAAAAUAUUAAAACUGUAAAACGUAGUUUGUAAAGAACUUGUUGUUUCAAGCUGUUCUGAAAUGUUGUCUGUUGAUUGCUGAAACUUUUCACAUUGUUGACCCCCAUCCCCCCCCCCCCUAAAAAAACAGUUGCUGAAAAAUUUUCACAUGGUAGUACAUCUGUAAGGGUUAACUGGAAGUGAAUGCUAUAGGUCUUGUUUUCCAAGGGACUUACCCUAUAUAUAUAUAUAUUUAUGCAUCAUGUGCACUUUUAUCAAAUUUAUUCUUGAAUGAAAUGUAAAGAUUUACCAAUAGUCCAUUUGUAUUUUAAAACUUGAUGUACAUUUACGUCAGACAUAUUUGCUCACUUUGAAUAUAAAAUAAAUAUUUGUGUUUUUUAGGUAUAAG